AUGAGUUGUACAAGACCAGAUAUAGCCUAUGCAGUAAGCAAACUAAGUAGAUACACAAGUAAUCCGAGUAAUAAUCAUUGGAAAGCCACUGUACGAUUAUUUAGGUAUUUAAGAAAUACUCGUGAUUAUGGUCUGCACUACACGAGACAUCCUAUUGUUAUCGAAGGGUACACUGAUACUAAUUGGAUUUCAGAUAUGAAAGACUCUAAGUCAACAAGUGGAUAUGUAUUUACACUUGGAAGUGCAACUAUAUCUUGGAAAUCUUCUAAACAAACUGUUAUUGCUAGAUCCACGAUAGAAUAUGAAUUUAUAGCUCUUGACAAAUGUGGUGAAGAAGCUGAAUGGCUACGUUUAUUCUUAGAAGAUAUUCCAAUGUGGUCUAAGCCCGUAGCAGCAAUUUCUAUUCAUUUGAUUGUGAUUCAGGUUCCGUUGUACUCUGGGAAACAGUCACUGACGAAACUCUCUAGCACAAACGGGAAACGGUGA